UGCAUGUUUGCUCACCACGCCAUGGCGUAUGUGAGCAGCAGAGUGUUCAUGGUCAACAGCAACUACGACUCCUGGAAUCUGCUGGCUCUGCUAGCCAAUGAGGAUGCGGACCCUUCUGGUGACCUGCUACGAAACUGCCUGUAUCGAGUGCGCUCUUGCACAGCAUCCCAGCUGACCCUCAUUCAAGAUUUUCGCCAGGCGCUGCUGGAGUCAUGGCAGCCCUUCCUGGCAGCAAGUGACCCCCACGGGGUCUUCUUCUACUCCUGCUUCGCCCACUGCGCCACCUACCACAAUGACCUCUGGUCGCAGCUGACCGUUGCCAAUCAUACACUGGCUCAGGCGUUCACUCGCUGGCUUGGCGAAGAGGAUAAUGAUGGGGCAGAAGCCAAAUUGGUUGACUGUGCGUAUCCUUACGAGAGCACCAUUCAGAAGGGAGAAAAGCUGCAGGGAGAAAAGCUGCAGGGAGAAAAGCUGCAGGGAGAAAAGCUGCAGGGAGAAAAGCUGCAGGGAGAAAAGCUGCAGGGAGAAAAGCUGCAGGGAGAAAAGCUGCAGGGAGAAAAGCUGCAGGGAGAAAAGCUGCAGGGAGAAAAGCUGCAGGGAGAAAAGCUGCAGGGAGAAAAGCUGCAGGGAGAAAAGCUGCAGGGAGAAAAGCUGCAGGGAGAAAAGCUGCAGGGAGAAAAGCUGCAGGGAGAAAAGCUGCAGGGAGAAAAGCUGCAGGGAGAAAAGCUGCAGGGAGAAAAGCUGCAGGGAGAAAAGCUGCAGGGAGAAAAGCUGCAGGGAGAAAAGCUGCAGGGAGAAAAGCUGCAGGGAGAAAAGCUGCAGGGAGAAAAGCUGCAGGGAGAAAAGCUGCAGGGAGAAAAGCUGCAGGGAGAAAAGCUGCAGGGAGAAAAGCUGCAGGGAGAAAAGCUGCAGGGAGAAAAGCUGCAGGGAGAAAAGCUGCAGGGAGAAAAGCUGCAGGGAGAAAAGCUGCAGGGAGAAAAGCUGCAGGGAGAAAAGCUGCAGGGAGAAAAGCUGCAGGGAGAAAAGCUGCAGGGAGAAAAGCUGCAGGGAGAAAAGCUGCAGGGAGAAAAGCUGCAGGGAGAAAAGCUGCAGGGAGAAAAGCUGCAGGGAGAAAAGCUGCAGGGAGAAAAGCUGCAGGGAGAAAAGCUGCAGGGAGAAAAGCUGCAGGGAGAAAAGCUGCAGGGAGAAAAGCUGCAGGGAGAAAAGCUGCAGGGAGAAAAGCUGCAGGGAGAAAAGCUGCAGGGAGAAAAGCUGCAGGGAGAAAAGCUGCAGGGAGAAAAGCUGCAGGGAGAAAAGCUGCAGGGAGAAAAGCUGCAGGGAGAAAAGCUGCAGGGAGAAAAGCUGCAGGGAGAAAAGCUGCAGGGAGAAAAGCUGCAGGGAGAAAAGCUGCAGGGAGAAAAGCUGCAGGGAGAAAAGCUGCAGGGAGAAAAGCUGCAGGGAGAAAAGCUGCAGGGAGAAAAGCUGCAGGGAGAAAAGCUGCAGGGAGAAAAGCUGCAGGGAGAAAAGCUGCAGGGAGAAAAGCUGCAGGGAGAAAAGCUGCAGGGAGAAAAGCUGCAGGGAGAAAAGCUGCAGGGAGAAAAGCUGCAGGGAGAAAAGCUGCAGGGAGAAAAGCUGCAGGGAGAAAAGCUGCAGGGAGAAAAGCUGCAGGGAGAAAAGCUGCAGGGAGAAAAGCUGCAGGGAGAAAAGCUGCAGGGAGAAAAGCUGCAGGGAGAAAAGCUGCAGGGAGAAAAGCUGCAGGGAGAAAAGCUGCAGGGAGAAAAGCUGCAGGGAGAAAAGCUGCAGGGAGAAAAGCUGCAGGGAGAAAAGCUGCAGGGAGAAAAGCUGCAGGGAGAAAAGCUGCAGGGAGAAGGGGACGUGACAUCACCUGCCUGCAGCUGCGCCAUGUUCUCACCUGCAGCUGCGCCAUGUUCUCACCUGCAGGUGCGCCAUGUUCUCACCUGCAGCUGCGCCAUGUUCUCACCUGCAGGUGCGCCAUGUUCUCACCUGCAGCUGCGCCAUGUUCUCACCUGCAGGUGCGCCAUGUUCUCACCUGCAGCUGCGCCAUGUUCUCACCUGCAGGUGCGCCAUGUUCUCACCUGCAGCUGCGCCAUGUUCUCACCUGCAGGUGCGCCAUGUUCUCACCUGCAGCUGCGCCAUGUUCUCACCUGCAGGUGCGCCAUGUUCUCACCUGCAGCUGCGCCAUGUUCUCACCUGCAGGUGCGCCAUGUUCUCACCUGCAGCUGCGCCAUGUUCUCACCUGCAGGUGCGCCAUGUUCUCACCUGCAGCUGCGCCAUGUUCUCACCUGCAGGUGCGCCAUGUUCUCACCUGCAGCUGCGCCAUGUUCUCACCUGCAGGUGCGCCAUGUUCUCACCUGCAGCUGCGCCAUGUUCUCACCUGCAGGUGCGCCAUGUUCUCACCUGCAGCUGCGCCAUGUUCUCACCUGCAGGUGCGCCAUGUUCUCACCUGCAGGUGCGCCAUGUUCUCACCUGCAGGUGCGCCAUGUUCUCACCUGCAGGUGCGCCAUGUUCUCACCUGCAGGUGCGCCAUGUUCUCACCUGCAGGUGCGCCAUGUUCUCACCUGCAGGUGCGCCAUGUUCUCACCUGCAGCUGCGCCAUGUUCUCACCUGCAGCUGCGCCAUGUUCUCACCUGCAGCUGCGCCAUGUUCUCACCUGCAGGUGCGCCAUGUUCUCACCUGCAGGUGCGCCAUGUUCUCACCUGCAGGUGCGCCAUGUUCUCACCUGCAGGUGCGCCAUGUUCUCACCUGCAGGUGCGCCAUGUUCUCACCUGCAGGUGCGCCAUGUUCUCACCUGCAGGUGCGCCAUGUUCUCACCUGCAGGUGCGCCAUGUUCUCACCUGCAGGUGCGCCAUGUUCUCACCUGCAGGUGCGCCAUGUUCUCACCUGCAGGUGCGCCAUGUUCUCACCUGCAGGUGCGCCAUGUUCUCACCUGCAGGUGCGCCAUGUUCUCACCUGCAGGUGCGCCAUGUUCUCACCUGCAGGUGCGCCAUGUUCUCACCUGCAGGUGCGCCAUGUUCUCACCUGCAGGUGCGCCAUGUUCUCACCUGCAGGUGCGCCAUGUUCUCACCUGCAGGUGCGCCAUGUUCUCACCUGCAGGUGCGCCAUGUUCUCACCUGCAGGUGCGCCAUGUUCUCACCUGCAGGUGCGCCAUGUUCUCACCUGCAGCUGCGCCAUGUUCUCACCUGCAGGUGCGCCAUGUUCUCACCUGCAGGUGCGCCAUGUUCUCACCUGCAGGUGCGCCAUGUUCUCACCUGCAGGUGCGCCAUGUUCUCACCUGCAGCUGCGCCAUGUUCUCACCUGCAGGUGCGCCAUGUUCUCACCUGCAGCUGCGCCAUGUUCUCACCUGCAGGUGCGCCAUGUUCUCACCUGCAGCUGCGCCAUGUUCUCACCUGCAGGUGCGCCAUGUUCUCACCUGCAGCUGCGCCAUGUUCUCACCUGCAGGUGCGCCAUGUUCUCACCUGCAGCUGCGCCAUGUUCUCACCUGCAGGUGCGCCAUGUUCUCACCUGCAGCUGCGCCAUGUUCUCACCUGCAGGUGCGCCAUGUUCUCACCUGCAGCUGCGCCAUGUUCUCACCUGCAGGUGCGCCAUGUUCUCACCUGCAGCUGCGCCAUGUUCUCACCUGCAGGUGCGCCAUGUUCUCACCUGCAGCUGCGCCAUGUUCUCACCUGCAGGUGCGCCAUGUUCUCACCUGCAGCUGCGCCAUGUUCUCACCUGCAGGUGCGCCAUGUUCUCACCUGCAGCUGCGCCAUGUUCUCACCUGCAGGUGCGCCAUGUUCUCACCUGCAGCUGCGCCAUGUUCUCACCUGCAGGUGCGCCAUGUUCUCACCUGCAGGUGCGCCAUGUUCUCACCUGCAGGUGCGCCAUGUUCUCACCUGCAGGUGCGCCAUGUUCUCACCUGCAGGUGCGCCAUGUUCUCACCUGCAGGUGCGCCAUGUUCUCACCUGCAGGUGCGCCAUGUUCUCACCUGCAGCUGCGCCAUGUUCUCACCUGCAGCUGCGCCAUGUUCUCACCUGCAGCUGCGCCAUGUUCUCACCUGCAGGUGCGCCAUGUUCUCACCUGCAGGUGCGCCAUGUUCUCACCUGCAGGUGCGCCAUGUUCUCACCUGCAGGUGCGCCAUGUUCUCACCUGCAGGUGCGCCAUGUUCUCACCUGCAGGUGCGCCAUGUUCUCACCUGCAGGUGCGCCAUGUUCUCACCUGCAGGUGCGCCAUGUUCUCACCUGCAGGUGCGCCAUGUUCUCACCUGCAGGUGCGCCAUGUUCUCACCUGCAGGUGCGCCAUGUUCUCACCUGCAGGUGCGCCAUGUUCUCACCUGCAGGUGCGCCAUGUUCUCACCUGCAGGUGCGCCAUGUUCUCACCUGCAGGUGCGCCAUGUUCUCACCUGCAGGUGCGCCAUGUUCUCACCUGCAGGUGCGCCAUGUUCUCACCUGCAGCUGCGCCAUGUUCUCACCUGCAGCUGCGCCAUGUUCUCACCUGCAGGUGCGCCAUGUUCUCACCUGCAGCUGCGCCAUGUUCUCACCUGCAGGUGCGCCAUGUUCUCACCUGCAGGUGCGCCAUGUUCUCACCUGCAGGUGCGCCAUGUUCUCACCUGCAGGUGCGCCAUGUUCUCACCUGCAGGUGCGCCAUGUUCUCACCUGCAGCUGCGCCAUGUUCUCACCUGCAGGUGCGCCAUGUUCUCACCUGCAGGUGCGCCAUGUUCUCACCUGCAGGUGCGCCAUGUUCUCACCUGCAGGUGCGCCAUGUUCUCACCUGCAGGUGCGCCAUGUUCUCACCUGCAGGUGCGCCAUGUUCUCACCUGCAGGUGCGCCAUGUUCUCGACGACGCCCAGCACGUUGA